GUCGGUGCGGGCGGCUCGGUGGCGGAGCGCCAUUAGCCCACGGGAGGAGUACCCACGCGCGCCCUCGCUUCGAAGAGCCCAUCCUCCUCACUUUCCCCUCGCCCCUUCCGCUUCGCCUUCGCUGUCCGCCUCGUCACUCCGCCAUCGGAAGCGCGCAUCGACGCCCGCGGGGAGAUCACCACCAGGCCGUCGAUGAGCAACCUCGUGCUCCCAGCACCGUUCGCCAGCGUGUCUCCGGCGAGAGGAGGAGGCCGCCGUCAACGAGCAGCAGUGCACGACGAGGAAGCGCGCAUUGAUGCGCGUGGGGAGGACACCGCCAGGCCAUCCAUCGACGAGCACCCUCACACUUCCAACACCGUCUGCCAGCGCGUCUCCGGCGAGAGGAGGAGGCCGCGGUGGGUUCGGAUAAGGUCGUCGUUGUCAUGAAGGCUGCCAUGCCGGGUGGACGCGGCUGGCUGCAGGUUCUUGUCUUGGUCUGCUGUCCUGGGCAGCUCGUGGCCAUGUGCUACUGUGAGUUGUUCCUGCGACUUCUUGUUAUUCAGAUGCCGAUCAAUCAACUGAGUGAGCUUACCCAGGGUCAUCAGGAAUGGACGAUCUAUGUGUAUGUGUCUCGCCUUUGGCAGCAACGUGGAGGGACGGAUGAGGGACCCAUCAAACAUACUGAUACUGUGUUCCAGGAUACAAAGGGAAAUAAUAUGUGUGGGGAGAUUGCUGCGGGUUUGAUAAUCCACUUCAUGGAAAGAAUCAAAGAGGGCAAAGUCUAUGAGCUGCGUAGGUUUUUGGUAACUGCAGGGAAAAAACUAUACAAGCCCGUGGUAAGCGAACUCAUGAUUAGGUUCGGCAGAUACACAACCGUGCGGGAGAUCGAUGAUAAUCUCAUGGAUUACCCCAUGGCCCAUGUGUACUUAUGCUUUGACCCCAAAUCGAUGAUCUCCCAAGUCCGACUGAUAAUCCAGAGUCUUUCACAGGUAACCAUCUCCCCUUGUGGACUUGAUCUUUUUUCAGUUCCUAUAUAUGGUGUAGAUAUGCCUGAAUGUUUGAUAAUCUUCGUGCUCCUGGCAGUAGGCACUUUUUGUUGUGUAAUUUAGUCCCAUGAGAGCCUAGCUGCAUUUGUCGCAUCCUCUGGUAACCAUGUCCUUCUUGUCUCUGCCUCUCUUUCUCUUCUACAUAGAAUCCUCACAUGACAUUGAAUUUCUGAUUUAUAUAUCUGUCAUUGUGUACAUGUCUCCACUGGAUCCAAUCGAUUUUGUUAGGUGUUGGUUCUGUCAUGUCGGUGCAAAUGAAGGUGGUGAAAUUGAGCUGGUCUUAUUUGAUAGGAUGGGCAAGGGGAUUAUUUUUUGCCCAAUAUAAUUGUCGAUUUGGCCAGCAUUUUGGUCCAUUAGUCCUAAUAGUUAUAUUGUAGCUCCUUUUUACAUGUAAGUUGCGCUCUUUGUUUGAUAGGACACUCAGCCACUCAGGUUCUAUAUUUUCAGGUUCUAAACGAAUGCCCCAAAGUUUACAUUAUCGGUAUGGGUACUUCUCCUAAGUGACAAAAGGCUGAAAUAAGUUGUAUAUAAAUUCUUCUGGUCUAGGUUAGUUUUGGAUCCCUGAAAAGGAUCUUCACGUCCUGCUAGGAUGCUACCAUGUAAAAAUUAAUAUGCUAAGCUCUGCCCUUUAACCAUACUUAUGGGUCCAUUAUCAACCACUAAGAAAUUGAUGCACAGAUUAGUUGAGCAUGUAUGCUAAGGAUUUUCUCUUCUUUUUCAUAGAUUUUAAAAGGUAUAGGUUAGUCUUGCAUGAUUCACAGAUUACAGGAUUAGACCUAAAUCUAUUUAAUUAUAAUUAUACUGGUCUUAAAAUAUCAUUGGUAUGUGUUAGGUAAGAAAAAAUAAUGCCAGCUUAUCAAUAUUUAUACUAAAGAUGCUAUUUCCCAAAAAUCUUUUCAUGCCAAUGAGGUGAAAUCUCCAAUCUGAAUUCGCUUCCCAUUUCAUGUGCCCUCUUACAUAUGAAAAAUGAUGUUAUUUAUGUACUGAGAGUUUGUUUGUACUACAUAUGAAAAACGAUAUAUGCACGAUCACUCAAACUUGUGAUGCCGACAAAAAGACCAUGACCAGAUCGUUCUCCAAGGGGGCAUUGCUAAACGAUGCAUGAUGGUAGGAAGACUACAUCUAAACUCAGUGCUUCCUAACAAAGUCAGUGAGACCUUUUCAGAGAGUUUGAAGGACUAAUUCCGUAUUCUGCAGUUUUCUGUUUUCCAGAAAUGUUUUUCAGCUUGUGAAAAUCAUAACUAAUUCAUAUACAAUUGGAAAAAUGCAAAUAAGAUAACAGAAUGUUCAUAAA